UUUGGGCUCUCACUGGCGCCGGUGGCCGAACUGCGACCGGAGGAGAGUUAUUGUGAGCUCUAGGCACACCGUGGCUCCGCAUUGCGUGCCAGUUCCAGCCCUUUCCCUCUCUCUGAGCCCCAGAGUCCGUAGCCGUGCCCCGCUGAUCGCCGACUGAGCUGGCGCCAUCGCCGUGGCGCAUGCGCAUCGCUGGUACCGCGGCGGAUAGACGGGGCUCUCUUUCGUGGGGAUCACUGGGUUCCAAGGACCAAGCAUUUGUGAAUGGGAAUCACAAAAAAACGACACAUCAGUUUGCCUGUCUCUGACUGGAUAUUUAAGGAAUGAUCAGAUAUUUCCAUCGUGACACCAGUAUAUCAGUUGCUGAUCCUUGGAGAUGACAAAUGAUCUCAUCCCAGCUGGAAACGUGCUUUGUGUCUGAAAUUUUCUGUUAUAAUUCAGUGAAAUCUACUGGAACCAGGGUCUCAGUUCAGUGUGGAUUGGGAUUUUUUCAUUCAGCCGAACCGCAGACACAUUAGUGAUUUCACAGUGGGGAGAGGCAUUAGGGUAUGGGACAGUACGCGACUCUGUGUACGGGACAGGAUCUACUCAGUCAUCCAGCCUGAAGAUACAUCAGGAAACUCACAGCAGCAGGAGGCCGUUCACGUGUUCUGUGUGGGAACAGACUCACUCACCCACUCAGCCCACCCAAAGAAGCACCAAUGAGUCAGUCAGUUCUCACUGGGGAGACACCGUUCAGUUGCUCAGACUGUGGGAAGAGGUUUACUCAGUCAUCUGAACUGAACGUACAUCAGCGAAUUCACACCGGGAAGAGACCGUUCACUUGCUCAGACUGUGGGAAAGGAUUCAGUCAGUCAUCCAACCUACUGGCACACCAGUCAGUUCACACUGGGGAGUGGCCAUUCACCUGCUCAAAAUGUGGGAAGGGAUUCACUCAGUCAUCCAAACUACAAGCACACCAGAGAAUUCACACGGGAGAGAGACCAUUCACUUGCUUAGAAUGUGGGAAGGGAUUCACUCGAUCAUCUGACCUACUGGCACACCAGCGAGUUCACACUGGGGAGAGGCCGUUCACAUGCUCAGACUGUGGGAAGGGAUUCACUCGAUCAUCUGACCUGCUGGCGCACCAGCGAGUUCACACUGGGGAGAGACCAUUCACAUGCUCAGACUGUGGGAAGGGAUUCACUCAGUCAUGCAACUUACAGACACACCAGCGAGUUCACACUGGGGAGAGACCGUUCAUCUGCUCAGUUUGUGGGAAGGGAUUCACUCAGUCAUCCAAACUACUGGCACACCAGCGAGUUCACACUGGGGAGAGGCCGUUCACCUGCUCAGACUGUGGGAAGGGAUUCAGUCGAUCAUCUGACCUGGUGGCGCACCAGCGAGUUCACACUGGGGAGAGACCAUUCACUUGCUCAGACUGUGGGAAGGGAUUCAAUCACUCAUCAAAUCUACAGAAACACCAGCGAGUUCACACUGGGGAGAGACCAUUUACUUGCUCAGACUGUGGGAAGGGAUUCACUCGAUCGUCAAACCUGCUGGCACACCAAAAAGCCCACACUGGGGAGAGGCCAUUCACCUGCUCUGUAUGUGGGAAGGGAUUCACUCGGUCAUCUAACCUACAGACACACCAGUCAGUUCACACUGGGGAGAGGCCAUUCACCUGCUCAAAUUGUGGGAAGGGAUUCACUCACUCAUCCAAACUACAAGCACACCAGCGUGUUCACACAGGAGAGAGACCGUUCCACUGUUCUGUGUGUGGGAAGGGAUUUACUCGGUCAUCCCACCUUGUGGCACACUACAGAGUUCACAUUGCCAAAGAAGUUUAAACAAGAUGCAUGCGGGAUAUUUAACCUUUACAGAUGUAGAAUGCAGAAUUAAGUCAAAAGUGACUGUUUUUGCUAAACUCUGUAAUUAUUGCUGUUCUUAUAAAACCCAGUUCUGCACGCUGGUCACUGGGCAUAUGAGAAGUUUCUUCUGAUAUUCACCUUUAAUGGGACUGGAGUUUAC